GCUACUGCAGUGCAAAAGAAGGGUGGGAGAGAGAGAGGAGGAGAGAGAGAGAGAGAAAAACAGAGGGAGAGAGAGAAAGAGAGAGUGGACAAGUGUGAGUGUGUGUGCGUGAGAGAGGCAUUCACAAGCGUGAUUUGCUGCUCUACUCUGGAAUGCAGUUUGUGCCUGCCUCUCUCCUCCUCAGCUCUGGCAGCGUUUCCUUCUUCAUCUUCUUCAACAGCUCCAGUCUGAAGGAUGAUUCCUACCAAAGCGUCCAACCAAAGUAGCCCAUCUUCCUGCUCAUGGAUGGUUAAGAAGACCCAUCACCCUUGGGCUUCUGUCCAGAGGACCUGCCCCAUCUAAAGCAGAGAACCCAGGCAGAGGUAAGAGGGCAAGAGCUUCAGACCUCGUCUUUCAGAGCAAGAGCAAGAGCACAGCGCGAUAAAAAAGGCCUUCACAGCUUAAGCCUCUAAACAGCGGCAGCAUCCUGAGAUAAAUCUGAAGGAUGGAGCAGGAGAUCUCUAAAGUGCAGAGGAAGAUGUCUGACCUGGAGUCAGUUCUUGAGCAGAAGGACGUAGAGCUAAAAGCUUCUGAGACCCAGAGAACCAUCCUGGAGCAGGACCUGGCCACCUACAUCACAGAGUGCAGUAGUCUUAAGCGCAGUCUGGAGCAGGCUCGUAUGGAGGUGUCGCAGGAGGAUGAUAAGGCUCUACAGUUACUUCAUGAUAUCCGUGAGCAGAGCAACAAACUGCAGGAGAUUAAAGAGCAGGAAUACCAUGCCCAGCUGGAGGAGAUGCGGGUGUCCAUUCGCCAACUGGAGGAGAACCUCUCUGCUGCUCGCCGCCGUAGUGAUCUGUACGAGUCUGAGCUGAAGGAGUCACGCCAGACCAGCGAGGACUUGAAGAGGAAGGCAGCAGAUUACCAACAGAAGAUCCAAAAGGCCAAAGAGCAAGGCAAGGUUGAGAUGGAGGAACUCCUUACCAAACUACAGAAGACCAAUGAAGAGCAGCAAACAAAGAUUGAUGAGCUUCAGGACAAGCUUUCCAAGGCAGUGAAGGCGAGCACAGAGGCCACAGAGCUGCUGCAGAAUGUUCGCCUGGCUAAAGAGCGCCUUGAGCGAGAUCUGGAGCGUCUGCAGACGAGAGAGGACUCCACCGACAGUCUGCGUAGACGUCUGCGUGAGACCGAGGAUGGCAGGAAGACCCUGGAGAACCAGGUGAAAAGGCUAGAGAUCGUGGAGCGCAGGGAGACCAAACUGAAGGAAGACAUCCAGACCAAAUCACAGCAGAUCCAACAGAUGGCAGAUAAGAUCAUGGAACUGGAGGAGAGCUUACGUGACAGUCAAGCCACAGCGCAGCGCAUGGAGACUCAUCUGGAGCAGAAUGAAAUUCUGUAUGAGGAUAAGAUCAAGGUUCUGGAGAACCAGAUGAAAGCAGAUAUGGCUAACAAAGACGCCCUGGAAUCUAAGCAGAAAAUGUAUGAGGAAGAAUCUCGAGAGAAAGGAAAACUAAUCAGUGAACAGACGGCGACAAUCAAUGCUAUGGAAUCAAAGAUGACCAGCUUGGAGCAGAGGAUCGCUGAGCUCUCUGAGGCGAACAAGCUGGCAGCCAAUAGCAGUAUCUACACUCAGAAGAACAUGAAAGCCCAAGAGGAAAUGAUAUCUGAACUGAGGCAGCAGAAGUUCUACCUGGAGUCUCAGGCUGGCAAACUAGAGGCCCAGAACGCCAAGCUAGAGGAGCACCUGGAGAAGAUGAGUCAGCAAGAACAAGCCAAUAAGAGUCGUGUGCUAGAGCUGGAGGCCAGACUCAGAGAGAUUGGUCUGGAGCACGAGGAGCAGAAGCUGGAGAUAAAGCGGCAGGUGUCGGAGCUGACGCUGUCACUACAGGAGAGGGAGUCGCAGAUCAGUAGCCUUCAGGCAGCGCGCCAUGCACUGGAGAGCCAGCUGCAGCAGGCCAAGACCGAGCUGGAGGAGACCACCGCAGAGGCUGAGGAGGAGAUUACUGUCCUCCGAGCCCACCGGGACGAAAUCCAGCGAAAGUUUGAUGCCCUGAGGGACAGCUGUGCGGUGAUCACAGACCUGGAGGAGCAGUUGACUACACUAACGCAGGAGAAUGCUGAGCUCAACAGGCAAAACUUCUACCUGUCCAAGCAGUUAGAUGAGGCCACUGACGAGAACGAGGAGAGGCUACAGCUCAGCCAGGAGGUGGACCGCCUUCGCAGGGAAGUGGCUGACCGAGAGAUGCACCUCAACAACCAGAAACAGAACAUAGAAACCCUGAAGACGACGUGCACCAUGUUGGAGGAGCAGGUGCUGGAGCUGGAGACUCUGAAUGAUGAGCUGCUGGAGAAGGAGAGGCAGUGGGAGAGCUGGAGGAGUGCUCUGGAGGAGGAGAAGAACCAGGCCGAGCGCAGAUCCAGAGAUAUACAGAGACAGCUGGACAAUGAGAAACAGAACAGGCUGCGUGCUGAUCAGCGAACUUCAGAGUCUCGUCAGGCCGUUGAGCUGGCGGUGAAGGAGCACAAGGCUGAGAUCCUGGUGCUACAGCAGGCUUUGAAGGAUCAGAAACUGAAAGCUGAAGGCCUCUCUGACACGCUAAGUGAUCUGGAGAAGAAGCAUGCCAUGCUGGAGAUGAAUGCUCGCAGUCUGCAGCAGAAACUGGAGACCGAGCGGGAUCUUAAACAGAGGCUGGUGGACGAGCAAGCAAAGUUGCAGCAGCAGCUGGACAUGCAGAAGAGCCACAUUUUCAGACUGACGCAAGGUUUGCAGGACGCAUUGGAUCAGACUGAUCUACUGAAGACUGAGAGAACAGACCUGGAGUAUCAGCUGGAAAACAUACAGGCGGUGUACUCUCACGAGAAAGUGAAGAUGGAGGGCACCAUCACGCAGCAGACCAAGCUGAUAGACUUCCUGCAGGCCAAGGUAGACCACCCCUCUAAGAAGAAAAAGGGCAUCUUCAGUGGCAGGCGUCGGGAGGACCUGUUGGCGGCGUUGGCUGCCCAGGGCCAGACUCAAGUGCCCACUGUGCCUGUCGUGACCCCUGUGCCCCUACAGUAUAGUGAUAUGAAGGCGGCACUGGAUAAAGAACGUGCUCGCUCUUCUGAACUGGAGGAGGCCCUGCAAAAGACACGCAUGGAGCUCAGAGAGGCCAUGCAGUUUAAUAAAGCCCUAGAACAUGGUGGCACUCCUGCCACCCCGGGUCUGGCCCGGCAGCAGCUCAUGAUGUCUACCAAAUCCAACAAAUCCCCCGAGCAUCAGCCCAACCCACCUAACCUGCCCUCCUCCAACGUCAGCCGCCGAAAGGAGACCAACAACCCUGAUGAAAUAAGGAGAGCCACUUCUGAAAAGUAUGCACGACGUGUGAAGGAAAGACUCCAUCACAGUACCCACGGUACCCACAACACCCCUCACCGCUUCACCCAGGGGCUCAACAUGAGGGCGGCCAAAUGCACCGUGUGUUUGGACAUCGUCCACUUUGGCCGACAGGCUGCUACCUGUAUUGAAUGUCAUGCUUUGUGCCACCCAAAAUGCUCCCCCUACCUGCCAGCUACAUGCGGUGUGCCCACUGAGUAUGCCCUGCACCUGUCUGAGGCUCUGAGUAGAGAAAAGGGCAGUUCCUCUGGCCUCAAAGACUCCAGUGGACACAUGAGACUGGAGGGCUGGAUGAAGCAGCCCAGGAAUGCAAAGCGUGGGCAGGGAUGGGAGAGGAAAUACGUGGUGCUGGAAGGGAAUAAAGUUCUCACCUAUGAGGCCGAGCCCAGAGAAGAGUCAGUGAAACCUGUGGACGAGCUUGACCUUUGUCUUUCGGACGGGGAGAUGAUUGUGCACAGCGCUGUGGGCGGCUCGGAGCUGACCAACACAAGCAAAUCCGAUGUGCCGUUCGUUCUGAAGCUAGAGUCUGUCCCCCAUGCGUCAUGCUGGCCAGCGCAGACUCUGUACCUCAUGUGCUCAGGCUUUCCAGAGAAGCAGCGCUGGGUGGCUGUGUUGGAGGCCAUCGUGGCCAGUGCCCGAGGAGCCCGCGAGAAAGCAGAGGCCGAUGCAAAGUUGCUGGGUAAUUCUCUGCUCAAACUGGAGGGAGACGACAGACUGGACAUCAACUGCACUCUCCCCCUCACUGACCAGAUUGUGUUGGUGGGUUCAGAGGAGGGUCUGUACGCUUUGAACGUCAUUAAGAACUCGCUGACUCACAUCCCAGGCCUUGGUUCUGUGUUCCAAAUCCACAUCAUCAAAGAGCAGGACAAGCUGCUGAUGAUAGUGGGGGACGAAAGGGCACUAUGUCUGGUGGAGAUCAAGAAAGUGAAACAGUCGCUGGCCCAGUCCCACCUCCCAACCCUGCCUGAAAUUGUGCCGUACAUCUUUGAGACUGUCAAGGGCUGUCACCUUUUCGCCGCAGGCAGGAUCGAAAAUAACUCCUGCAUUUGUGCAGCGAUGCCCAAUAAGGUCACAAUCCUGCGCUAUAACGACAAUUUAAGCAAGUUCUGCAUCCGCAAGGAGAUUGAAACCCUGGAGCCAUGUAGCUGUAUUCACUUCACCAGCUACAGCAUCAUCAUCGGCACCAACAAGUUCUAUGAGAUUGAGAUGAAGCAAUAUGUGCUGGAGGAGUUCCUGGAUAAGAAUGACGUGUCUCUGGCUUCUGCUAUGUUAACCACAUCCUCCUACAGCUUCCCCAUCGCCAUCAUGCAGGUGUCCAGCACCCCUCAGAAAGAGGAGUACCUGCUCUGCUUCCACGAGUUUGGAGUGUUUGUGGAUGCUUAUGGCCGCAAAAGCCGCUCAGAUGAACUCAGAUGGAGUCGUCUUCCUCUGACUUUUGCCUUUAGAGAGCCAUACCUGUUUGUGACCUACUUCAACUCGCUGGACGUUAUUGAGCUUCAGGGACAUGCUGCUCUUGGGCCUCCUGCGCUUGCUCACCUGGACAUCCCUAACCCACGCUUCCUGGGCCCAGCCAUCUCAUCAGGUGCCAUCUACCUUGCCUCCUCCUACCAGAAUAAGCUGAGGGUGAUCUGCUGCAAGGGUCACCUGGUGCGGGAGUCGGGCGAGCUGCAGCGGACAGGCUCCAGCAGGAGCAGCCCAAGCAAAUGCGGCCCACCAACUUACAACGAACACAUCUCAAAGCGGCUGGCCUCGGGACCCGGGUCUCAAGACGGUGGUCUACACCGCGAGCCCAGCACGCCGCACCGUUACCGGGAGGGUCGCACAGAGUUCCGCAGAGACAAGUCCCCCGCCAGGCCGCUGGACAGAGAGAAGUCUCCGGGCCGUGCCGUGCUGGACAGCCGCAGGGAGAGGUCGCCGGGGCGGGCGUUUGACGAACGUGAGAGAGACAGGGAGCGAUCACGCCUGCACAAUAGCUCAGUUCGCACCCAACUCACACCCGUCAACAAGGUACGCAUGAAGCACUGCCAUGUUAACUGCGUGUCCUUCUAGGGACAUAGGAAAGGAUUUUUUUUUUCAGGAUUUAAGCUGCCAUACAUCAAUUCAGUCAGUACCUUCUACUGAUCUUGUAAUAGUUUACAGCUCUGUACACACACCUGUGCCUGACUGAGAAUGCUCUUAAGAACCUGUAGUUGUAAGAAAUCAAAACCUGUGACAAAAGAAAACCCAGUUAAACUCCUGGAAAUGUAAUCUCUCUAAUGUAUUAAUUCACUGUGACUUUGGUGAAGCUUCCGUUAGUAACGUUUGUGUUUCUGAGCCUAGCUCUCUUGAGGCGGAGCGGGCAGCCUGCUGAACUGUGUGACCUCUCUGUCCCGGUGCUGGUGUAGGUGUGGGACCAGUCUUCAGUGUGAGAGCGCCGCGGCCAGCUGGAGUAAGAGCCAUCGUCCACUCCCAGCAUGGAUGGACAUGCCACUUUACAGGCAUCUCUUUAAACACAGCUAUUCCAUCAUCCCAUUGCCUGUAAUGUGAGCAAGAACCAUGUUGUAAUUUUUUGUAACUUAGCUGUUGUCCAAAUAUACUUGCACCUAGACGUUUUGCUCACAUACUUGCAUACAAUGCCGGUUUACAAACGAUGAAGGCCCCUGGUUUGUGAAAGACUGUAAACAAUAGAACACACAAUAGUUGUGAAUCCCGUAACUAUAGAAAAAUAAGCUGAAUGCACACCACAUCAUUACUGUAAAUAUAUUGAUUCCAACUUUUCUAGUUAAAAAAAAAAAGGUACAAUAGUUGAAUGACAAAGCCAGGUCUAUUUUUUAUGAAAAAAUGUGUUUGUAUAGAGUUCAAACUAAAGGUUUCCUACAGACAAAGCUGAUGUUUUCACAUUAUCACAGUUAUAUAACAGUUAUCACAGUUUAAGCUUGCUGCUUUUUCAAAACUGUCCAUCAGCUUUUUGGACGGGCAGUUUUGCAAGAGCCUGACAGCAGAUGUAACCGAACUGCACACUGCAUAUACUGAUGCUAAUGUAACUCUUUAAGCUUCUAGAACUUUUUGAAAAAGAGACAGGUCAUGUUCUCGCUACAAGUGUCCUUGUGCUGUUGCAGUAAUCGUAUAGCAUUUUGUUGAAACAGUAUAAACGAACGAUCAUAUUAGCUUUUACUGACACACUGUUGACUGACUCCAAGAAGUCUACUGGGCUCUUCUGGAAACCUUUUCGCUGCUUAGUGUACAGACGUCCUGUUCUGCUGUAUGGUGAAAUUAACGUCCAGUAGCCCUCAGGGUUUGUAUAAGAACUAUUACUGAUUACUGCUUCCUUAUUGUGUAGGAUCACAAGCACAGCCACAGUAUAGCUCCCUAUGCUCCCCCACCUUGUUUAUUUUUAUUUAUUUAUUUAUUUAUUUUUGUCAUCACAGAUUUUAAGCAAAUACUUGAGUGUUCACAUCAAACGCAUGAGUACCUUCUUCCUCAAUUUUGGGAAGCCGUGUCAUGUAUCCACUUGAUAUGGAUUGUUAUACAUAUUGAUGUUUUUUUUCCUUCUUUUUUUUGUAAAUCUGUUAAAGUACAUUAAACACUAUAACGCUA